AUGCCAUAUUCUGACACACCUACCAAGCAAACUCAAAGAUUAUUUCUACAGCCUGAUGGGUCCAAAGCUCUCAGGAGAACAGAGAGUAUAAGGAAAUACGUGAUGUCACCUUCUCCCAUCUCUAAAUCCAGUAUCGAUACGAGUCCAGAAUUUUCUUCGACCUUCAUGAGUCGAAGUGGGACUGAAAUCAGAUGGAAAGAUAGGACUAUUUAUCGAAUUGGCAGGAAUGUCACCGCGGGGUAUCCAAUAGACCUUAUAGAGCAGGAACGACAAGAAGCUGAAGUAGAUCCAUACCAUGGACCAGUCCUUGAUAUUCUCAAGUCCUCUUCUAGAAUGAAUCGCAAGAGGAUAUUGGACAUGGGAACGGGCACAGGGAUAUGGGCAACAGAUAUGGCCGAUCUUUUUCCACAGACAGAUGAGGUGGAUAUUCAGCCUGAAUUGGUACCGCCCAACUGCGAAUCCGACUUAACAAAACCCUUACCAUACCCUCUAUCCAGUUUCGAUAUCAUCCAUAUCCGAUUCCUUUCCACUCGAGUUCAAUCCUACCCUUCUAUACUCUCUCAAGCCCUGACCCUCCUCAGACCAAACGGUCUCCUACUCCUAUUCGAGAACUUCACUUUCAGUCCCCCUCAAACAGUUCACGAUAUCACACCGAAAGGUGUUCAAGCAUUUUAUGAUUGUUAUAAGCGAUCAUUCUCUUCGUCGGGUCUCAAAGUAUGUAAAUUGGAGGAUGUUGUCGGUACUUUAAGGGGUGGGGGAGAUAUAAAAGGAGAUUUGAUUAAAGUCCCUAUAGGUCAUGGAACAGGUAGAAUGACUCAAUUAUCGAAAAUUCACUUGAUAAACUUAAAGGCAUGGAUCGAAUCUACCAGGUAUACCAUUAUUGAAGGUGGUGGAUAUACGAAUAACGAAUUUGAUAUUCUGAGUCAAGCGUUCAUCGAUGAUUUGGAGAAGGAAGAAUUGUAUACUUGUUAUCAUUCUCUGUGGGUCAAGAAACCGACGAAUGUCAGCCAGAAUUCGGAAUAG